UCGUCUCUUAGCAAACAAUGUGGAUAGUAAUUGACACGAAAUAUUUAGGUCAUAUGUGUAUUUUGAAUAACCGGGUUUAAGAUGUUAUAUACAAGAGCGAAAGCCGUGCAUUAGCCUAAUCCUAAUGAUUAGGAAGCGGAUGAACCAUGAGUAGCAUACAUUGACCAUGAUGCCUCACGCUCAAUGAACACUUCCUGGUUACUCGGUUUGGUUUUUGCUUGUCACCUGUGUUCUGUGCAAAAUGCAGUGAUCAACUCCUUAAGGUCGGUGUUUAUUCAACAAAACACAGUUCGAACCUGGUUUAAAUUUUCUCAGAAGGUUGUUCUCCUUUCAUCGCUUUCAGAAUUUUGAUGGGGAUGAAGAAGUGGUGUGCAAAAGGACAGCAGAAUGGAGGAUUUCAGGCAGAUGUACUUAUGCCUGUGUGAGGAAAGAGGUGUGGAGCCCCAAGACAGUGUGAUGGUGAAACUGCAGGAAUGCAGAGCUUCCCGUCUGGAUCUGAGUGGGCUGAGUCUGUCCACAGAUACCUGCGCACUGCUUGCCCGUGCUUUUCAAAAAGACACUUUCUUUUCAGAAUUGUCACUCAGUGACUGCAUGCUUAGUGAUGAAGGUGCCAAAGUUUUUCUGACUGGUCUUUUUUACAAUACAACCCUUAAAGUCUUGAAUCUAAAGGGAAAUAAUCUAAAAUCAGCAGGGGCUGAGGUGUUGGGAAAGUUGUUGGCACAUAACAAUACUCUUAUCCGGUUAGUGCUAGACUGGAAUGCACUCGGAGUGUGGGAUGAAACCUUCACUAUCUUUUGUGAGGGUCUGAGUUCCAACAGUGUGCUUACGCAUCUUGACCUGCGUAACAAUCAGAUCAACCAUCAUGGAAUGAUGCCGCUUUCUGAGACUCUUAAACGCAACAGCAGCCUCAAAGUACUCGAUCUGAGGUGGAACAACAUUGGUCUCCUGGGUGGCAGGUGUCUCCUGGAAGCUCUGCAAAACAACCACAAUGUCCAGCAAUUAGAGCUGGCAGGAAACAACAUACCCAGCGACACACUCAAAGCACUUGAGCAUAUUGUAGGAUGCAACACAGAUCGACAGUCCACCUUGAGGGAAAGCCGCAGCAGAACACAGGUCCUCACGAAAGAGAUUCAAAACUUGAAGCAGGAGAAGGGUCGUCAGUUUCAAAACUUGAUGGUGACCAUCGACAGGCAGAGAGAGGAGAUGGGACAGUCAAGUCGGUGUACUUCCAUACGUAUCAGUCAACUCCAGGAAGCUUUAGAUGAGAGGAAGUCAACUGUCAAUUCGCUCACUGCCAAAUUGCAGAUGACCGAGGCUGCCCUUGCACUAUCUGAGCAGAAAAAUCACAGCCUGGCUGAGCUGAUAGCAAGACUUAAGGUUGAGAAGGAGCAACAUAUGGAGGCACACAGCAGAGAAAGGAAAAAAGAACACGAGGACAAUGUCUCCAGAGAAGGAAAGCUUCUCAGAGACAUCCAAAACUUGACAGACACCAAUCUCCAACUCAAAAAUAAAGUGGAGGAGGUGGAGCGCAAGUGCAAGUCCCAGCAGCAGCAGCUUUUUGAGCUAAAGCAGGAACUGACCAACAGCACAGCUGAAUUGAAGCUUAAACUAGCACAGGCAGAAGACCGCUUGGAAAUUGAGAAGCGAAGGUUCAAGCAAGGCCUUGAAGAAAUGGAUAAUCUACGACAAAGGGAGGUUGAACAUGUUAAUCGGCAUUUAGAGAAAAGAGAGAAAGCCCUACAGGAACGUAUCUUCAAACUGGAAGGACAACGGCUUCAACUGGAAGAGGAAUUGAGCAAGGCCAAAGCAGCAGUUGUGGCAGAGAGAUCCAAGGCAGAGGAGGAACUCAGUAAAGCUCGUGCUCAAGCACGUCAGGAAGAGCACGAACAUGUGUUAUCAUUGGAGGAGAAACUUCGCUCAGUGCGUUCCUCCAUGCAAGAAGUCCAGCUUCACUUAUCCCAACAGAAACAGAUUGUCUCUGAGCAGCAGGCCAAGAAUUCUCAAUUGACCAUUGAGACAGACUGCCUGCGUCGUAGAAUAGAGGAGCUCCAGCAGGAAUUGUCAGGGAAGGACCAGGAGAAGGUGGCUGAAGUGAGUCGAGUGAGGUUGGGGCUACAGGAACAGAUUGGCCACUUGGAGGCUGAGAGGAUUGCACAAGGAGGACUCAAAGAGAAGAUCAGUGCUCUUGAAAGAGAAAUGAAAGUACUGUGUAGUAAUCACCGAGAGGCGCUGCUUGACAAAGACAGCGAGAUGUCUUCUCUACUGGAGAAACUCCGACUUAAAGAGGGAGAGAUCAAGAGGAUCAGGGACGAUGAAGCGCAGAGAGCUACAUAUCUGCAAAAUGCCAUCCUCACCUAUGUUCAAGGCUCCACUCUGACACACUACAGCAACCCUAAUUAAAUGACUCCAUGACCUCCAACCUCAAUUUUUAUCCCUUAUUGACAAAGAGUGUUUUAAAAGUUCUUGAUAAAUGUUGGUUUCAUCUGGAAAAACACUGAAUCCAUAAAAGGAGCUACUUCGAACUACAUUAUUUUGUUUUCAUUCUCAGGCCACUCAUAUUUACUACUUUUGUACUAUUUUACACAUUGUGCUUAUCUUUCUGAAAAUCACAUGAGAAGCUGACGUGAUAUGUCUUGUGAAUAAAUCUGUUGUCGUGGUAUGGUUGUAUUUUCUGCGACUGGAACCUUUUCACUUGUAUGAGUUUGGAUGGAAGAUAGAAUUAGUUUAGAAAGAUAAAUGUUUAUAGUGCACUGUCAAAUGUGAUUAACAAAAUUUGCAAGCUUUUUUUGUAAAUAAACCGUUUUGGUUUUACUGUUAUUAAACUUUUACACCACU